AUGGCUAUCAUCAUCAUUCUUCUUCUCAUCAUUCUCGCAAAAGCUGACGUUAACCUCAGCAAUGAAAUGAGCUCUAACACUGCUUGUCCUGAAAAUGAAAAACAAGCACUUUUGAACUUCAAAAAAGGCCUAAUAGAUGCUGCAAAUCGGCUUGCUUCAUGGGAUCCUCAUCAUCAUCCAGAUUGUUGCAGGUGGACUGGAGUUGUCUGUGACAAAAGGACUGCCCACGUCCUCUCUCUCAACCUUUCGCUUCCUCCUUGGGACGAACAUACUGACUUCAAAUCUUAUAGAAUGUCAAAGCUAGAAGGUAAGAUAAACCCUUGUUUGUCAAAAUUGAAGCAUUUAAGAUACUUGGAUUUAAGCAACAAUGCAUUUGAAGGCCUCUUGCCUUACCAACUUGGGAAUCUCUCAAAUCUUGAAUCUCUCAAGCUUGGAGCUUAUCCAUUCUCCUUUGGGUUAUUGUAUGUUGAGAAUCUCCAAUGGUUGUCUGGUCUUUCUUUACUCAAACACCUUGAUUUGAGUUGGGUGAAUCUUAGCAGAGCUUCCAACUGGUUGCAACUGAUAAACUCAAUACUCCCUUCUUUGGAUGAAUUGCAUUUGUCAGCCUGUCAGCUUCUUCCUGGCCCUUCAUUGCUAAAUGUUAAUUUGUCAUCUCUUGCGAUCCUUGACCUUUCCUUUAACCAUUUCACAAAUCACAUGGAUGUUGGGUGGGUGUCCAACCUUAAGUCCCUAGUUUUUCUCGAUCUUGUAGGAAAUGAUUUUCAUGGACCCAUCCCUGAUUUCCUUCGGAACAUGACUUCUCUUACACAUCUCGAUCUUUCAUCCAAUUAUUUAAAUUCUUCAAUACCAGAUUGGCUGUACAGUUUCAGCUCUCUUCAGGUUCUCAGACUUCCUAGUAAUCAGCUGCAUGGCGACAUUUCUAGUGCCAUUGGCAAUCUGACUUCUCUCAAUGAGGUUGACUUGUCAAGGAAUAAACUCCAAGGAAAGCUUCCGAGAGCCAUGGGAAAGCUUUAUAAGUUGAGGUCAAUCAAUCUGUCAGGUAUGAGAUUGAAUCAAGACAUAUCUCGCAUCUUAGAGAUUUUAUCGGGAUGCUCUUCUCCUAGAUUGGAGUCUUUGGACUUGGCUAGUUGUCAACUUUCUGGUCAACUGUCCGAUCAAGUUGGACAUUUUAAAAAUUUAACAACACUUGAUCUGUCUAAUAAUUCAAUCUCUGGUCCCAUUCCAAUCCCUUUAUGGCAACUUCAAAAUUUAAAAGAACUUUGUUUUAAUGACAAUUCAAUCUCUGGUCCUAUUUCAAUUUCUUUGGGACAGCUUGCAAAUUUGGAAAGGGUCUACAUUUUCAACAAUUUGUUGGAGGGUGUUGUUUCCGAAAAACAUUUUGCUAAUCAUACCAAAUUGAAGUAUUUUUAUGGGUCGGGCAAUUCAUUGGUUUUGAGAGCCAAUUCUAAUUGGGUUCCUCCUUUCCAAAUUCUUGAUUUGGAUUUAGGAUCAUGGCAAAUAGGGCCAUCUUUUCCCUUGUGGCUUCGUUCUCAAAAACAUCUAGAAUAUCUAGACAUCUCAAAUUCAAGAAUUUCAGACGUCAUUCCUAGGUGGUUUUGGGGACUGUCGACCCAAUUUAGAGAUGUAAAUCUCUCUAGAAACCAAAUUUCUGGCCAGAUUCCGUAUCUACCUAAGGGUCCUAAUAUUUUCACUUUUGUCGACCUUAGUUUCAAUAAUUUUAGCGGUCCAUUGCCUCAAAUCUCAAUGGGUUCCAAUCAGUACAUGAUAGACCUUUCUAAUAAUUAUUUCUCGGGAUCUCUUUUCCAUUUUCUGUGCUAUCAGUUGAAUGGUACCAUCACAACAAGUUUUCUUGGUAUUGCUAACAAUCUUUUAUCUGGAGAGAUACCCGAUUGUUGGAUCAAGUGGCAAUCUUUGCAAGUCUUGCGGUUAGAUGGCAACAGAUUCACUGGUAAAAUUCCAAGCUCCAUGGGAACUUUGUCAGAACUUCAAUCACUAAAUCUUCACAACAACAAGCUUCAUGGAGAAAUCCCUUUGUCACUGAAAAAUUGCACAAAUUUGGUUGCAAUUAACCUUGGAAAGAAUGAACUAGAUGGCAACAUUCCAAGAUGGCUAGGCCAGGAUCUUACAAAUCUAAUAAUUCUAAUUCUUCGAUCAAACAAAUUUGGAGGUAACAUACCGGACCAUUUAUGUGCUCUUAGUUCUCUCCAAAUUUUGGACCUUGCUGAAAACAAUCUCUUUGGGAGCAUGCCAAGAUGUAUGAGCAACUUCAGUGCUAUGGUUAGAGGGAAUGGUUCUAGGGACAACAUCAUAGAAUAUAGAGGCCUUAACGGACCAUCUACUUUGGAAUCUGCAUCAAUUGCGACGAAAGACCAAUUACUUGUAUAUGACAAAACUCUCAACUUGGUUAGACUUGUUGAUUUCUCUUGUAACAAUUUGUCAGGAGAGAUCCCCAAAGAGGUGACGAGCCUCCAAGGUUUGCAAACACUGAACUUGUCUCAAAAUCACUUUACUGGAAAGAUCCCUGAAAGUAUUGGCAGUAUGAAAUCAUUAGAAUCUCUUGAUCUAUCUCAAAAUCAGCUCUCUAGUUCAAUUCCUGAAAGCAUCUCAAGUAUGACGUUUUUGAGCCACUUGAACUUGUCCUUCAACAAUUUGACGGGCAUAAUACCCACAAGCAGUCAGCUUCAGGGCUUCAAUGAAUCAUGUUAUGCCGGUAACCAUCUUUGUGGAUCUCCAUUAAAGGGCUGUAGAGGAAGUGGUAAAGAACCUGAUGUCAGAAACGAAGCUAAAGAAAUCAGUAAGGGACAAGAGAUAAAUUGGUUCUACAUAAGCAUGCCACUAGGAUUCUUUACUGGUUUUUGGUGUGUACUGGGGCCAUUGGUGAUCAGCAAACGAUGGAGGAUCUUGUACUUCCGAUUUUUGGAAGCAAUGUGGUGGAAAGUAUGCGAUUUUGUUGGUAAAUUUUAG